AUGACGGUGUUUCUCCCAGAGACGGCUAAAGUUGUUUACCAACAUGCUCUUUAUUUGAGUGUUUUCUGUAGACAUGAAGAAGCUAUGUAGGCUAUGAAUUUUGCGGUUAAAAUUCUGGACUGGUUUCCGGAAGGCGAAAAUCAUUUUUUGUCAACUAAGCCGCUUAACUCUUUGUUUCUUCACGUCUUACCAUUGCCUGGAUUUUUUUCGAAGGAAUAUCCAGUAUUGUUCUAAAGCUCCUACUCUUCCUGCGCAUAAAGUCGAGAUAUGCGUAGAUUCCACGGAUUCUAGAGGAGUAGAGGCUGCGGAAUUCGAGAAGUUGCGCGAGGAAGGAAAUAAGCUGUUUGGUGAAGGUCGUUUUCAAGAUGCUGUCGAAUUGUAUUCUAGCGCCAUUGACCGGAAGGAAAGACUGGAGUUUCUUGACCCAACAUUCGUUUCCAAUCGAGCUUUGGCUUAUCUCAUGCUUCAACUUUUCGAAGAAGCUCUGGAAGAUGCAAAAGUUUAUAUAUCCAAGCGUCCAAAGUGCUGGAAAGGUUAUGCCAGAAAAGCUUUAGCGUUACAUGGUUUAAAUGACAUGACUGGUGCUGAAUUCGCUGCUGCUCAAACCUAUAAUUUGGCUCGAGAGAUUUUUAGUAAAUACGAUCCAUUUAAGAAAUUUUCCUAUUUAGAGAAGUGUACCAGGUUUUGUUAUUCUGAUUCUGACCUUCUACAAGCUCUGAAUACUAUGCCGCCAGGCAAGAGAGUCAUCCUCUUAUACCCGGGAAUAUAUGAAACCAUGCGUGAAGUCGAUUUUGACAACUGUAUUGUAGUUGGUUGUGUGGAGCAAUCCCUAGACUCGAGAAUACAAGUCCACUUCAAGGGUAGUUCAGAUGCUUUUGUCCAUACGAAAUGCGCUUUGGGUAAUCUCAACUUUUUGUUCGACCAGGGUCAUUUUCAGUGCCUACCUACAUCAGUCACCAUUCUUUACAAUUGCAGUUUUACUAGCCGCAAUUCGCUAAUGCCGUCGUUUAAGACAUUAGGAGUCACGAAAGUUGAGAACUGCGAUUUUAGAAACUCUUCCGCUGGAGGAUUUCUUUGUAUUGCUGGAGCAUCAGAUGUUGAGAACUGUACGUUUUCUAAUAAUGGCAAGGCCGGCCCGGAAGUACGCCAAGGCGGCACUUUGCUAGCUAAAAAUGUUUAUUCAUACAACAACAGACAAGGUUUACUGGUUGGUCCUAAAGCGAAAAAGUGCGUUCUCGCUAAUAGUCAAAUUAAUUGCAAUGCAAGUGAAGGCAUUUUUGUGUGUGAUUGUGAACAUGACAAUGCUGACAUUCAACUGUGCAAUAAUUCUAUAUUCCAUAACGACAACUUUGGAAUAUCUGUUCGAGAUUCGUCGAUACUAGUUGCGGAAAACGCGUUUUCGAGAAUAGUUGGUGGGGUGUAUGGCUUCAGAGUAACUCUUGUUGUCAUAUUUCUAGAAAUGAGGUUUCGGGUAACAGACUGGGAGGAAUUCGUAUCGGGAAACGCCCCUAUGGAUGGACACCGUCUCGCGUUGAAAACAAUAUGAUCAACGAUAAUGGUGGGCCUGGUCUUAUUCAAAACAAAUGACUUUGAUGUGAACACUCUUGUGGAUAAACAAGUUUUUCCAGUAAACAGUGUAUUUCCACUACAGUGCAAUGUUCCAGUAGUUCCUUCCAACCUUGAAAACACGCUGGUAUCUGCUCAAUGCCGUGGGAACUCAGAAUAUCACAAUGAAGUGGAAUAUACAAAUCCAACCAAACAAUUCGUCCCAAGGCCAAGAGGUGGAUAUAUUUUGCUCGUAUUGUAGAGAAAAAGGCACGUAAAGAAAAUGCACGAAAUGCUACACUGCUGAAUAUUGUGGAAGGGGGUGUCAAGAAAAGCACUGGAAAAACAUAAAAAGUUGUGUCAAAGUUUAUUGAAAUGGUCCAGCAUUUUACUUUCUUCCAUUAAGAGGUGGCAUGGUGGGACGAGUUCUGUAAUGUGUCAUCAUCAUGGUCUUAAAGGAGUGGGUUCGAAUUACAGCGAACCACCAACCGAAAAUGGAAAUUGGUUCAUUGUUAAAGUUCAACAGGCUUAUGAUCGGUUUGAUUUGACAUCUUUAUCACUUGUUAUAUACGAUCGUAGCCUGACAAUUUCUGAAUCGUUUCAAUCCGCCCAUGUUCAAAAUUUGAUAAGAGAUCUGGGUGCUAUUUGCGAAAGGAAGUAUAUUGAAAAGAAACUGUUUAUGUGGGCCUCGUAAACCGAGAACAAAGUUAUUCGUAUUUUUACCAAUGAUUUCCCCUCGUAUCAACGAUGGUAACAAUUUAUCCACAGCUGGGACUUUGUUCAAGCGCUCGAGGAUACAAAAUGUAUGUUACUUGCAAAUACUAAGUACAUAAACAGACAGAGGCCAUUGUUACUCAAGAUACAGCAUAUAAUAUUAUACAGCACUGCUACAGUGGCGG